AUGCCAGUUCCGCUCGCUCUCGCCGCUCCCGCCUGGGCUGCUGGUCUUGCCUACGCCAACGCCCGCACCGGCUUCUGGUAUGAUCGGAAACUUUUCAUGUGCGCCUUCAAGAGCGCCGGUCGCAUCUUUUUUCGAGAGCGUCGCGGCCGCCUCAACCUCUUCUACCUUCUCGAGGACCGCGCUCGACACCCCUCCACGGCAAACAAGGACCUCUUGAUAUUCGAAGGCAACCGGUUCAGCUAUGCUCAAGUCUAUGAACGCGUCCUGCGCUACGGUGCUUGGUUGAAGAAGCAUCUGGGCAUCAAGCCGAAGGAUAUUGUCGCCAUCGACUUUCAAAAUUCUGACAAUUUCAUCAUGCUGUGGUGGGGGCUAUGGAGCAUCGGCGCAAAACCGGCCUUCAUCAACUACAAUCUGACCGGUGAUCCUCUGGCACACUGCAUCAAGUCGGCCAACACCAAGCUGUGCCUCGUCGAUCCUGCCGUCGCCGACCAUGUCACCGACCAUGUUCGGGAAAAGCUCGGUGGCAGCGUUCAGUUUCUCGUCUUCUCCCCAGACGUCGAGGCUGAAUGUCUCGCGUGUCCUCCCACGAGAGCGCCGGAUGAGGAUCGCCACGAAGACGGCAUAUCUACCUUGGCCACCCUCAUCUUCACUUCCGGCACCACAGGCAUGCCUAAGGCGGCCGUCGUGUCCUGGUCCAGGUGCAUCGUCGGCAGCACCGUCCCCGAGGUCCUCCUCGGCCGUGGCAGCAAGGACAUCCUCUACACGUCAAUGCCGCUGUACCAUUCCUCCGCCAGCAUUCUUGCCUUCUGCGCCACCGUGUCUUCUGGCAGCACCCUGGCUCUCGGUCGCAAGUUCUCCACCAAGGUGUUUUGGCAAGAGUGCCGGGCCGCGGGUGCCACGUCCAUCCAGUACGUCGGUGAGACGCUACGCUACUUGCUCGCUGCGCCGCCGCAGAUGGAUGCCACCACGGGCGAAAACCUCGAUCGCAAGCACGGCGUGACGUUGGCGUUUGGCAACGGCCUCCGUCCAGACAUUUGGAACGAGUUCAAGGACCGCUUCGGCAUCGAAACCAUUGCAGAGUUCUACGCCUCCACUGAAGGCCCCUUCGCGACGUGGAACGUCAGCCGAAACGACCUCACCGCCGGAGCCAUCGGUCGCAACGGCUGGCUCUUCAAUGCCUUUCUUCGCCUGCAGGUGUCCCUCGUCGCGGUUGAUUGGCAGACCGAUGCCCCAAUCCGCAACCCCAAGACAGGCUUCUGUCGGAAGGUCAAAGGUGGCGAGCCCGGCGAGAUGCUCUUCAAGUUGCCCGUCCACGAUCUGGAGCGACUUUUCCAAGGCUAUUACGGGAAUCAGAAAGCCACGGUUGCAAAGGUGAUGCGCGACGUCUUCGCCAAGGGAGACGCUUGGUAUCGAACGGGCGACGUCGCUCGAUGGUACGGGGAUGGUCGCGUCUUUUUCACCGACCGAAUCGGCGACACGUUCCGCUGGAAGUCGGAGAACGUAUCAACCGUCGAGGUUAGCCAAGCGGUCGGCCUGCACCCUUCCGUUCGCGAGGCCAAUGUGUAUGGGGUGGAGCUUCCUCACCACGAUGGCCGUGCUGGAUGUGUCGCCAUCUGCUUCGACCAAAACCCGCCGCCGCGCGACACCCUGCGCAGCCUGGCUUCGCACGUCCGCGAGGCCCUACCACGCUACGCCGUGCCAUUGUUCCUGCGUAUUGUUCCCGAGGUCGGCGGCGGCGGUCAGACGACUGGUACGAACAAGCAGCAAAAGCACACGCUGCGUCAGGCGGGUGUGCAGCCAGGCAAAGGCGACGCAGACGGCAUGUUCUGGCUCAAGGGUGAUACGUAUGUGCCGUUUGGCGAAAACGAAUGGAAGGCACUUCAGCGGGGCAGCGUGAAGCUAUAG